AUGGCGCAUCUAGGGGGCGAUUGUAAAGAGUUGAAUUCAGCAGAGCAGCUCAAUUGGGUUGCAUUGCAACACAUGCAGCGAAUCGUGAUUAGUAUCCUUCAGUUUCCGCUUCUGGGGAUCCUUCGCAUACUGACAGGGACUGGCUGUGAAUGGACACAACCAUGGCGGUGGAUCAGGAGCACACCAUCUGGGCACUCUGUGGAGUUACCCUGCCGACAUCCUGUGGGGCUACCUCAACCGUCAGGCCACAACGUUUAUCAAGGGGAUAUCGGUGUCUCAACCCCUGCUUCUGGUGGUAAUCGAACAACUAGGCAGCCGUGUUCUGGAGAUGCAUCAAGGGACGGCGUUGCGAUGGCGAGCAGCGUCCGUUUGGCUAGGGGGGAAGGAGUCCUACAGAGGAAAGUCGUCGCCGCCCCAUUUGGCGACGAUCAGCAGGUUGCAGCGAGCACGAUUUCUCGCUUCGCCGAUGAUAUCGGUGGGAAAGACGCAGAAAGACGCAUGCCGAAAGACCAGGCAGUCAAGAUCCGUGCCCUGCUGCCCUGCAUUCGGUGGAGUAGUAGUGGUGACAUGACAUGCUCGAAGCAGCCUGACCGACGGAUCAUUCUUCCUGCCAUAUCUACCCGGUUCGACUCGACUCUGCACUCCUUCCCCUGGUUUGAAACCCUGCAUGAUGCUCGAAUAUAUAACCAACAUGCUGAGUACCAUUUGGCUAGUACUGAGAUCGUCUCAAAUUUGCUUCAGCCACCGAACCUUCCAUUCGAGUGGCGGGUCAUGCUUGACAUGUAUUUGAGGCCCCUCUCGAGGCGUCGCAUUGAUAAGGUUAGUCAAUCUUACACACCAUCAGCAACUUUCAAGCCUAUUGUUAUCCCUCAUUACGGUCAGCAUGGUCAGGCUAGACAGCUGAAAAUGGGCUGUUUGCAGAAGAAGCCAAUGCAGGAAGUAUGA